AUGCAGGUUAACAUGUCGUAUGCGUGAUAAUCUUAAAGGCCACAACAAACAAACGCAGUAUAUAUAUAUUGAUUACUGUUACAAUAACCGAUUCUAUAAUCUAUAUACUUAUCAGACAUAGUUAACGUGAAAAUUGUUAACAAUUUCUCUGCUUCUGUUGCUCCUCUAGCUAUGUGCACAUUGCGUAUACGCCCCCUGAAGCCGGCAUUGCAAAUGAUUGCCGUGCAGGAGUUGAACGAGGUGCCGCACCGGGUGGCCGAUGAUGUGGAGGCGCUGAGAGAUUGGGUGGUCAGGCAGCCGCAUUUGCGCGGCUGCACAGAGGAUCAGUUCCUCUUGGCCUUUCUGCGCGGCACCAAAUUCAGCUUGGAGCGGGCCAAGCAGAAAUACGAUCGCUUCUAUACGCUGCAGGCCUCCAUACCGGAGGUGUUCAAUGAGCGGCGUUUGGCCACAGAUCCAUUGGUCUUGGAUAUCAUACGCUCGGGCAUCUUGCUGCGCAUACCUCAACAUGAAGACGAUACAGGUCCUUGUGUGACCAUCAUACGCGCUGGCAGCUACGACACGAGCAAAUACAAGUUUCAGGACAUUAUACGCGUUGGCUCCAUGUUCGGCGAGAUAAUGAUGUUUGAGGAUGAGAAUGCUACGAUCUCCGGCUAUGUCGAAAUCAUGGACAUGAAGGGCAUUACGGGCACACAUCUGUUUGCCCUGCAGCCGGAGCUGUUGCGCAAGUUCUCGGCCUAUGCCGACGAGGCGAUGCCCACACGGCAGAAGGGCAUCCAUUUCAUUAAUGUGCCGCCCGCCUUUGAGGCUGGCUUCAAUACGCUAAAAUCGUUCUUUCCCGCCAAGAUCAAGAGUCGAAUUUCCGUGAGCUCACAGCCGGAUGCCAUCUUCAAUAUAGUUUCGCCUGACUAUUUGCCCUUGGAAUAUGGUGGCAACCAUGGCGUUAUGGAGGACAUCAGUCACGCCAUGGAAACAAAGCUUUCCGCCUAUGCACAAUAUUUUCUGGCCUCUCAGCACUUUGGCACCGUGGAAAAGUUUCGCGAUGUGAACAGCCAGCCACAGGACAAAUGCUGCACGUUCGGUGCAGUCGGCUCAUUUCGUAAGCUGGAAAUCGAUUAGAGUUGGCUUAUCAGCAACAUCAACAGACAAAAUUAGCUUUACAACUGAGCACUACAAGUUGAACUCUUACAUUCAGAUAUUUGUUUAUGAGCACUGGCUUUACGUUAAUCUAAUC